AUGUUCUCCGCUCUCAAAAAAUUAGCAAGAAGUAGCGAUGAUCGCUGUCCAGCACCUAUGCCUAUGUCUUCUUCUUUACAAAAGAAGUUUUCAAAGGGAGUUCACUUUAACAUGAAAAUAUUGAUAAAAGGUGACAGAAACGUUGGUAAAUCAUGCUUAUUACAGCGCCUUCAAGGUGGACCGUUUAUAGAGGAAUACGUACCAACUGAUCAAAUACAAGUGGCUCCCAUACACUGGACAUAUAAAAAUAGUGACUACAUUGUAAAGGUUGAAGUAUGGGAAGUAGUUGACAAAGGUCGGACAAAGAAAAAACCACCUUUAGGUCUGAAGUUAGAAAACCAAACAUCAGCUUCUAUAUCAGAGGAUGGCUAUGAUACACCAGUUCUGGAUGCAACAUUCUUAGAUGUGUACAAAAAUGCCAAUGGGGUGAUAUUGAUGCUUGAUAUAACAAAGCCUUGGACAUUUGAGUAUGUGGUGAAGGAAUUAUCUCAAGUGCCAGCCGACCUACCAGUUGUAGUACUGGGAAACCAUUGUGAUAUGAGCCAUCACCGCCAAGUGCAUCUACAUCACAUUGAACAAGCUCUACAUCAAGCAAAACUUAUCAGGACAGCACCAGUACGGUAUGCAGAGUCUUCCAUGAGAAAUGGUUUUGGCCUGCGUUUGCUCCACAAAUUUCUUAGCGUUCCAUUUUUAAGACUUCAGAAAAUAAGUUUAUUAGAACAAUUACAAAGGAACCAGAGAGACAUGGAGGAUAUUGAAAAGGAACUUGAUGAUUUCCAAAACUCUGAGGAAUCUCAUUACAACUUGUUUGUGGACCGUCUAGCAAAUAAACGUCGACAAAGUUCUGGUCAACCGGAACCUCGAACUAACAAUGAUAGAUCUCCUAGUAUUGUCCUGGGUGCCGGCAAACCCAUCAUACCACCGGGUGUCAAUCCUCUAUUGGCGCAAUCGUUAGCUGGUGGUGCUACCAAACCGCCGACUCAAACAGUUCAGGCUCACUACGUCAGUCCGGAAUUAAUGAAGCCUAAGAAUCAAGUCAGUACAGAAAUGACGCCGCCUAGACUAUUGCAGCAGGAUAGCGGGCAAAGUACGCCAACAGGUGCCAACGUUUCAGCUUCUUCAGGAGGCCUAGACGAGUUCUAUGCAGGUACUCUCGAUAGCAGUUUCUUGGAAGAUCUUCCUCCAUUAUCAGGCACUACCAAUCAAGAUGUUACCUAUGAAACUGAUAGUGACGAUGAAAACACAACAAACCCAAAAGUGACUAUUGAUCAAGAAGACUUAGAUUUCGACGUUAGUUCGUCUGCAGAUUUCUUUAGGUCGGAACCAAAGGUGCCAUCAGAACUUCACGCUAGGUCCAGUCAUGUUGAUGGCACACUGGACACAAUGCUGAGUCGGAUUACAAUGGAGGAUGAGGACGAUACCCACCUUAGUAAUAAUAGUGUUGACAAUUCACAUAUAUUUGAAAGCAAGAGCCAUAUUGAAGAAGAGUUACAGUUGGAUAAUGAUUUCAGCCUUUGGGCUGGUGACACUAGUGUCCGAAGGUCUCCUGAAGGUGGCGAAGAUCCAGACAGAACAAAAGAAUCUAGUGAAAAGGAGAAGAAGCACAAAAAGAAAAAAACGAAAGACAAAGAUCGAGGAGAUUACAGUGAAAGCUUAGAUAGAAAGGAGAAGAAACAUAAACAUAAAAAAUCUAAAACCGAGAAAAAAUCUAACCCACAACAGGAUUUAUUAGCACCGUCUGAAGCAACAGUGUUUAAUUACGAAGAAUAUGAUAGUAUUUAA